GAGAGAGAGAGAGAGAGAGAGAGAGAGAGAGAGAGAGAGAGUAUAUAAGGGAAGAGAGCAGCACUCUGUUCAGAUCACUCUUUACAGCUCUACACUUGCAUUAAAAUAGUGACAUCUGAGGACAAACACAAGAAAUGGAGACAAGCAAGAACGUCCAGACCGAGCAGAUCACAGACAGUGAUCUGUCGGAGCAGAUUAAACUCGUGACUAAAGACAGUCACACGAGAGCAGAGAACACAGAACUGAUGCUGAGCUAUCAGAGAGGACACGUGUCCCUCACACAAUAUCAGAUGCUUCUGUGUUCUCUCUAUAAAAUCUACGAGGCGUUGGAGGAGGCUCUGGACAGGAACGCCACGCAUGACGCCGUGGCUCCAAUAUACUUCCCACAGGAGCUGGAGCGACUGCCAUCCAUCAGGAAAGAUCUGGAACAUUUCUACGGCCAAAGCUGGAGAGAGAAGAUCUCGGUCCCGGCCGCCACGCUGAGAUACGUGCAGAGACUGAGACAGGUGGGCAGUGAGCACCCUGAAUAUCUGGUAGCACACGCUUACACGCGCUACCUGGGCGACCUGUCAGGCGGUCAGGUGCUGGGCCGCAUCACCCAGAAGUCUUUAGGGCUGAAGAACGGCGAGGGCUUGUCGUUUUUCUCCUUCCCUGCCGUCAGCAGCCCGACGCUCUUCAAGCAGCUGUACAGGAGCCGGAUGAACAGUCUGGAGCUGACGGAGGAGCAGAGACGAGGAGUUCUGGAGGAGGCCGUCGCUGCCUUUCAGCUCAACAUACAGGUUUUCAAUGAGCUGCAGGACUCUGUUUGUGAGACGGACGACCAAAACAACCUGAGACUGAGACGCACACUACACAAAGACAACACAACAGCUGCAGAUGUUGCAGUGUCUGAAUCGAGUGUGUCGUCUCUGAUGCCGCAGUUUGUGCGGACGCUGCUGGGUUUGUUUGUGGUUCUGGCUGUUGGCCUGGUUUAUGUGUUUUAAACACUAACCCCCUCAGCUGUUAUAUAAUGCACGCUAACUCACUGCUUUGCAGGACUUAUUGCUUUUACAAAAACGGUUAUUCCAUACAGUGCAAUGUUUCAUAAAAUAAAGUAAAUAAAAUGAUAUUUGGGCUAUGUAAUGCGGUCAGACAUUAUAAAUCAGAGUAUUUCAGAACUCGGCUCAACCAAUCAGAAUCAAGGACCAGAACUGACCGCUUUAUAACAUCCGUUAUAGACCUGUUUCAGCUAUUUUAAACACACUUGUCAUUUAAUGUUUUUAUAUUUCUCUACAAAAAAAUCAUUCCAAGCAUUUAAACGCACAGUUAAAGACACGUUUAAGGUUUUAUAUUUAUCAUAAUCUCAGAAUAAAACAGAUUAUUUCCAUAAUGUCAUUUUCAGUCAGAAUCAUUUCGUAUGAAUGUGUACAUAUACUUUUGUUGUAUUGUUACUAUAUUUUUGUAAUAAAACUUGCUUUGAAGAUGGA